UCCAAGUGUCCUCUUUUAACCCCAGUCCCAUACCAGUCUAAUGUUCAAGGGGGCUUCAUUUUUGUUACUGUGUCAUAAUUUAUUUUAGCUUACAGCCUUGCUAUUCUCUGUGCAAGCUAGGCCAGCAUUGUCAUCCACAUUUGUGGGUUGAGUGAAGUGGCUGAAGCCGAGUGUCUUGUCUAAGGCCUUCUAGAAAACUCCAGGCUGAGACAUGAUCUGAAGAAGCUGCCUUGCGUCAAGUCAGACCAUGGAUCCAUCUAGUGCAGCACAUGGACUGGCAUCAGUUUUCCAGGGUUUCAGGUGGCAGUCUUUCCUUAACACCAGCUGGAGAUGCCCAGGGUUGGAGAAUUAAGGACUCCGCAGGCAAAAACAAGUGCUCUGCCAUUGAGCUAAAGGCCUUUUGGUUUCAUAGCUCAGUGUCUUAGAUCAGGCAUCCCCAAGCUGCGGCCCUCCAGAUGUUUUGGCCUACAACUCCCAUGAUCCCUAGCUACCGGGACCAGUGGUCAGGGAUGAUGGGUACAGUAUUGUAGUCCAAAACAUCUGGAGGGCCGAAGUUUGGGGAUGCCUGUCUUAGAUACUAGGCUACUCUUUAGGUAGUUUCUGUGUUUAGUGAUGUGGGCCUUCUGUUGGAUUUUUUCUGCUCUCCUAAGUUGAUGGAAAUUUGUUUUUCCAUAGUUAUUUAACCUAUAUUUAAUAAACAAAACUUUAAAAAUCUAUGCUGUGUUGCUAUUAUGUUCUGUUAUCAAUGCCUGAAAAAAAAUUCCAGUCCCUUCAAGUAGGUGAAAUGAAAUAUGAGCAGGUCAAAAAUGCCAUUCUCUUGCAUUAGAUGAAGAUGCUGAAAUAUUUUUAACGUGACUGAAAACGACAUGCAAAAUACAUACUGUAGUCGCAUAUCAACAGCCAAUAUCCCUGUCAGUGGACUUCCCCUUCUCUGUUCCCCCCACCACCCUCAAACCUGCUGCAGAGUUUCUCCCACCAUCCUAAGCAGAGUUUGGGGGAGCUGCAGGGAGGAGGAGUGGAAGGGUGAAUCUGGUUGGACCAGAGGAUAUCUGUUCUGAUAAUUGCAGAAAGUAAGGGUUGUCUGGGACAAUUUUUGUACUUGUUUAAUGUGUUUGUUCAAUUGUGUUCAGAUUAAUUCAUUAACACAUACAUUUACAUAAUACAGUAGUUCUGAAGAAAGCAUGUUUUGUGUUUAGACAAUGAAAUGUAUGCAGAAAAUAAUGAAGCAUUUACUUUCUGUGUGUAAGGAAAGGGCAUACAUCUUCUAAAAUGGUUCUUGCCAUUUGUAUUUUUACAAGUUCUUCUAUCUUAAACCCCACCUUAAAAGGGGAACUUUUGAUUAAUUGGCAGUACCCACUUCUGGUUUUUACCAUAUACAAAGAUUUUUUAGUGCCUUCAAAACAUUUGAUGACAACCUGCAUUCCAGGAUGGGAAAUUCUUUAGCAAAACGAGGGAAAUUUGAUGAAGAAUUUGUGCUGUCUUCUGAUUCCUUCUGUUUCUUUCAUCCUCUCAGGCCGCUGCCAUGGUGAAGGAAACGGGCUACUAUGAUACGCUGGGGGUGAAGCCAACUGCCACCUCGGAUGAGAUCAAGCGGGCCUACCGCAAGUUAGCCUUGAAGUUUCAUCCGGACAAGAAUCCCAGUGAGGGCGAGCGGUUUAAACUCAUAUCCCAGGCUUAUGAAGUUCUGUCAGACCCAAAGAAAAGAGACCUCUAUGACCAGGGUGGGGAGCAAGCUAUUAAAGAAGGAGGCCUAAGUGGCGGCAAUUUCUCUUCACCCAUGGACAUCUUUGACAUGUUCUUUGGUGGUGGAGGCAGAAUGAAUAGAGAAAGAAGAGGAAAGAACGUUGUCCAUCAGUUGAGUAUAUCCCUUGAAGACUUGUACAAUGGAGCCACAAGAAAGCUGGCGCUUCAGAAGAAUGUAAUUUGUGAUAAGUGCAAAGGCCUCGGUGGAAAGAAAGGUGCUGUGGAAAAGUGUCCUACCUGCAAAGGGAGAGGAGUGCAGGUGCUUGUUCAGCAGAUUGCGCCUGGAAUGGUGCAGCAAAUCCAGACUGUCUGUCCAGACUGUAAAGGCCAAGGGGAACGAAUAAAUCCCAAAGACAGAUGCACCACCUGCAAUGGCAACAAGGUGGUUAGAGAGAAAAAAAUAAUAGAAAUACACAUUGACAAAGGUAUGAAAGAUGGUCAGAAGAUAGUAUUUCACGGAGAAGGUGACCAGGAACCUGAUUUGGAGCCUGGAGAUGUCAUCAUUGUGCUAGAUCAGAAAGACCACCCAGUGUUUCAGAGAAGAGGCAAUGACUUAAUUAUGAAAAUGAAAAUUCAGCUCACGGAAGCCUUGUGUGGCUUCAAAAAGACAAUUGAUACCUUGGAUGACAGAGUCCUUGUAAUAACUUCCAAAGCAGGUUGCAUUCCCAGAGCAUCAGUGGAUUUCCAAGGAACGGCUACCCUUGUUAGAAGCUCUGCUUCCUCCACGAGAAGAAGUAAUGAUUUCAGAAGACAUGGAUCAAGUUGAUCUUGUUGAAUUUGAUCCAAGAGAGCGAGCUUUCCGUAAUCAUGGGGAAGCCUAUGAGGAGGAUGAUGAAGGUCCUAGAACUGGUGUGCAGUGUCAGACAUCUUGAACUGGAGGUGUAA